AUGGAUAAACCCACAAGGCUAAAUAUGUUGGCAACAAAGAGGGUACUUAGGUAUCUAAAGGGAACACAGAAGUAUGGAAUUUUGUACAAAAGACAAGAAGAAGGAGAUUGUCUACUUGGUUACACAGACAGUGACAAUGCUGGUGACUUGGAUGAUAGAAAGAGUACCAGUGGUUAUAAUUUCUUUCUGGCAGGAGGAGCAAUCUCAUGGAGCUCGAAAAAGAAGCUAGUUGUCACUCUUUCAACAACAGAAGUAGAGUUUGUAUUUGCAUCUUUCUGUGCAGCUCAGUGUGUGUGGCUUAAAAGAAUUGUGACUCAAAUGGGGUGGCUGGAAUGCGUGGAAGGAACAACCAAGAUUAUGUGUGAUAAUAGUUCAGCUAUUAAACUCUCCAAGAACCCAGUUAUGCAUGGCAGAAGCAAACAUAUAGAUGUUCGUUUUCACUUCUUAAGGGAGCUGGCCAGGAAUGGAACUAUUGAGCUAGAGCAUUGUGGGACUGGAGAACAAAUAGAAGACAUAAUGACCAAGCCAAUAAAGUUAGAAACAUUUCAAUUGUUGUGCAGCAGGCUAUGCUUGGUUAAUGGAACUGAACUGGAGUUUGAAAGUUGA